AUGUCUCCUGGGCAAACUUCGGGCUGCAGUGCCUCCUUCCAUCGAAAUGUCCCCACCUCUCUCCAAGAUCACCAACUACCCGCUCCUGCGACAGCUCUCCUGAAGGGGAAGAAGAAAGAAUAUCUGCGGGGGGCUCUCUGUCAUCUAAUGACACAGGAGGGUGUUCCCACUGUUAUUCCAUCAUUGGGAGAGGGAAAAUUUCAGGAUUAUCUGUUGUUGUUCUCAGCACUCGGAAUCGUGGUGCAGCUUGUAGAUACUAUUGUCAAGAGACGAGAUUGCAUGGCUGAAGAAAAACAGACCAAUGACCUUCCCAUCAAGGCUGGCGUGCUCCUCACACUACAGGAAUGCAACGAUAUGGUUUCCUUGUAUGUGCUGUUAACCAAGCAUGGUCUCCUCCCCAAUGACCAUAGCCCACUGGCAGGCGAUUACAAAAAGCUGGAUGAACUGGAUGCAUAUCUCAAGUCUGUUGGAUGCCUUGACCCAAACUUUGCUCGAUGGGUCCCAAAAAUAUUCAAGCUAUUUCAAUGUACAGCAUUUCUAAUGAAUAUUUCAUACUCAAAAUGGCUGACCUGCAUCCUGUCUGCCAAUAUUGUCUUUUACCCUGUCCACAACCCCCCUCCCACAUGCUCGGCCACCAUCCUUACCCUAGUGGAUAUCAUGAGAUUGGUCAUCUCCCGCCAUACACCCCUUCCUGACAGCCUAUACGGGGAUCCAUUAAUAUCCAAGUUCAUUGACACUGUCCUACUACCUAGGCUCGCUGACACCGACACCAAGCACAACCGCCAUUUCACGAUUCAUGCAGAGAUUGCCCUUGCGCUUUAUCUCCAGCGCGGUGGUUUACUACAGUCUACCUACCCAUUUAUGGGGCUGUCCAAGCUAUCGUGUACGGUGUGCACUGAACUCAUGCCCCUUAUCACCUCUGGCCCAUAUUUUCUCUUGCCAAUGCACCCUCUCACCACCCAUUGCAAGACUUACCGGUCAUGGGUUUAUCCCAAUCAUAUUUCCAACCCUCAAAUCAAAGUCCAAUGUGUUAGUCAAUUUCAGAAGUUGCUCCUACGUGAAUUUGUUGAGUUUGCUGAAGGUCAAACAUCCGGUCAGUCAUCAGAUAGCACCAUUGAUCCACAAGGGCUAUCAUUCAAUGCAGAGGAUGCAGCCCAUUUUGAAGCACUCUGCCAACGGAGUCUAGAAUACAUGUUAAAACUUUCCGGUUGA